UUUAAGGGGGUGUUACCAGCAUCCUCUUGCUGGAUUAUUUAACCCCCCAGCAGAACAUUCUCUCCCUCACUCCUGUCCCAGGUAUCAGUCUCUUGAGCUACACAGGUCACAGUUCCACCAUGGCCGCUCCGAAGAGCACCGCCCUGGAGGGGAGUCUCAGGACCAUGAUCGAGGUUUUCCACUUCUAUGCCAUGAGGCAGGGAGACCCCCACUCUUUGAAUAAGGCAGAGUUCCAUGCGCUGGUCUCCACAGAGCUGGCCAACGUGCUGGCGAACCAGUCGGACAGAGGCAAGGUGAACACUCUCCUCUCCUCUCUGGACGCUGACAAGAAUGGAGAGGUGGACUUCGAGGAAUACAUGAGCAUGCUGUCCUCGCUGGCUAUCAAGUGCAACCAGCUGCUGACUGGAGCCCCGGCUCACAGACACUGAGGAGAGCAGCUGCCUUCCUGCAGGGUUAUACUGUUUCCCCUAUUAUAAUCAUAGCAACGUGUAACGAAGUACAGUGAAAUCAGUGUAUGGCAAGCAUUGUAAAGCACAGAGAGGUACGGUAAAACAUAUUAAUAAGCAUAGCAAUCCAGGGUAGAUUAUGGUAAAUUCAUUUUAUAGCCAAGGGAAAAGCAUGGGGGGGAAACUGCAAAAAUACUGUAGUCAACUUUGCUUGGGGUCAUUAUGGGCUUUUUUGAAAAUACUUUUGGCAUUGUUAGUAUGGACGGUGAUCUAUGAAUAAAGAUAAAGGAAGGUUGUUUGGAAA